AUGAAUAUUGAUAUUGAUUCUUUGAUCAAACAAGCUCAAUCUCCAGAAACAUCUCUCCGAGAACAUGCUGAAAAUAGCUUAUUAGAAUGGUGUGAACACGAUGCAUGCAGUGCAUUUGCAGCCCUAGCAAAUGUUGCUGCAAAUAAUACUGAAAUUUUAUCAUCACGCCAAUAUUCAUUAUUAGCUUUACGUAAAUUAAUUACCAUGUAUUGGAGUCCUGGAUUCGAAUCCUAUCACCUGACCUCUAAUCUAAAUGAGACUGUGAAAGCACAUGUUAGACACACUAUUUUACAGCUAGCAUUAGAUAAAAAUCAAGAUUCAAAAAUUAGAAAGAGUGGAUCUUACUGUAUCGUACAAGUAUCAGCUGUCGAUUUCCCAGAUUUAUGGCCAGAACUUUUGGUGACACUUUAUAAAUCUAUAUUAGAAACCCAUUCAUUAGAAGCGUUAUCUAUAUUAAAUGAAAUUUAUGAUGACAUUAUUUCAGAAGAAAUGUUUUUUGAAGAAGGUAUUGGUUUAGAGACAAUGAGAGUUAUCUUCAAUAUACUCGAUGAUAAGACAGCUCCUGUUGAAACAAAAAUUGCUGCAGCAAAAUUAUUCUAUCCUUGCUUAAUGCAAAUGUCGGUGGUUAGCCCAACUUCAUCAUUAAAACGAAUGAAUCUAGUUAUUGAUUCUCUAAAAGAAAUCAUAUCCAAAUGGGAACAGAUAUUACAAUUCCCAUUAGAAGAUGCACUACUAAUCUCGCCUGAAGAGGCAAUAUUAGAAUGGAAAUUCAGAGGCUCAAUAUAUGAAGGAUUAGCAUUUGUUCAUUCUAAUUUUUCUAAAAAAAUCUUACCAAUGAAUUUUUUAAAUGUUUUUAGAAAAUGCUCAUUACAAGAUCUCACUCCAGCAUCUACUCUAUACAUAAAUAUGAUAUCAGGGGACAAUAUUGCAUUUAAUGCGUUAAACAAAUAUAUUAUUCAUAUUUUCGAAUAUCUAUCUAACAUAUCAAGAGCUAAUUAUGAACGUGAAGAAUUAAUAUUAAUAUUGGAGUCGAUCUAUAAAUUAUGCUGUUUGGAUAACCUGAUUGUAGAAACAUGGAACUCAAAUUUCAAUGAAUUUGUUUCCAAAGAAUUUGGAUUAAUGGCUUCAUAUUCAUUGAGAGAUCAAAUUAGUGACUUCUUAAUAUCUUUAUCAUCCAAUAACUUCAAUAUAAUAUUUAAAGAAUUUAUUACCAAUUUGAACAAUUGUUUAAUUAUUGAAGACUGGAGACAACUAGAAUCUAUGUUAUAUAUUUUCCAAUCAUUACUAAUUAAUGAUGAAGAUAUAUUGAAUGUUGCAAAUUUAAACAUCGAAAAUUUAUUAUCUUCAUUAGCCAAAAAUUUCCAUCAUUACAUUACAAAUACGAUAUUAUUUUCAAGAUUAAUUUUAUUAAUACCAAAAAUUUUAGAAAAAUUUAUGGAUGAUAUUGAAAAUAUUAAAUUGAUUACCUGUGAAUUUUUGAAACAAAGUUUGGCAAUUGGAUUGGAUAAUUAUAAUGCUUUAAUUAAAUCCUCAUGUUUGCUAAUGGUUAAUAGUUAUUGUUCAUUUGCUGAAUUAUUAACAGUUCUUGGGGACAAAACUUGCCAAGAGGUCCAACAAAUAACAUUAAAGAUUAUUUUACAAAUAUUGGAUGACUCUGAAGAUGACACAUAUGGUAUGAUUAUGGAAGUGAUUAAUAAUUUGAUAGAUUGUAAUUUGCCAAAUGAUAAAUUGGGUGAAAUUCCACAGCAAGAAUUCAAUCUAAUCUUGUCAAUCACAUCAAGAGAUCCCUCGAAUGUUCAAAUGACUGUGGAAUCACAAGAAUGUUUGAAAAAAUUAUUAGAAGGAUUGAAUACGUUUGAAUAUUCACAUUAUAUUGAAAUGUGUUUCCCAUCUAUGGUUAAAGUUCUAAUUGGAAGUUCUGUAACACAAUAUAAAUAUUCUGCCUUACUUUCAUUGGCAUUAGAAUUUAUUACAAUUUUUAUGAAAAAAAAACCAAAUGAUGGUUAUUUACCACUAGAAAUAUGCAAAUUUAUUUUCAAUCCUUUAAAAGAUGUAUUAUUGGUAUCUAAUGAAGAUGAGACUUUACAAUUAAGUUCCGAUGCGUUUAGUUAUUUGAUCUACAAUACAGACCCAAUAGUAAUGGUUGAAUCUUUGCCAGGAAUAUUAGAAGUAAUGGAUCGAUUAUUAUCUCUUGACGUAACAGAUAGUGCUGCUAUGAAUGCUGGAUCAUUAGUUGUUACUGUCUUUACACAUUUUGAAAAUGAGAUUAAACCAUAUAUGAAACAAAUUUUAAGCGGCACAACAAAGAGAUUAAUACAAGCUAAAAAUAUAUCUACUAUCCAGAAUCUAAUAUCUGUAAUUUGUUAUUUAAUAUGUUCUAAUACUGAGGAUACUAUUAAUUUACUUUCAAGACUUGGAACUGAAGGGGAUAUCUUAAAAUUGGUAUUAAAUAAAUGGAUAUCCAAUUUCGAAAUUAUUCGAGGUGAAAGACGAAUUAAACAAAAUAUCUUAGCAUUAAAUAAGUUAUACUGUUUGAAUAAUUCUAAUAUCAAACAUAUAAUGGUAGAUGAUGAAUUAAUUCCAUAUGAUGGUGAUCGUAUUAUCACAAGAUCAAUGGCCAAAGAAAUGCCAGAUAGAUAUACACAAAUACCUGUGUAUAGUAAGAUUAUUAAAUUAUUUAUUCAAGAGUUAAGCGAACAAAUGAAACAACCUGAACAUAAUUUGAAAAUUGAGGAAACUGUAGAGACAAUUGGUGAUGGUAAUGCUGCUGCUGCUGAUGAUGAUUGGGAAGAUGUGGAAGAUGUACUAGAUUAUGAGAAGUUACAAGAGUAUGUAGAUGAUGAAGAUGAUGAGCUUCAUUUUGGAGAAGAUGAAGAUGAUAUUUUGGGGACUAUGGAUAUUGAGAUAGACGUCAAAGAGUUGUUAAUUCGAAUCUUGAAGGAGAAUGCAUCGAAGAAUGUUAGUGAUUUUGAUAAAAUUUAUACAACAUUAUCAGAGGAUGAGAAACGUAUUUUAAGUGAAUGUCUUGUAUAA